AUGGGUGCGGGUGCCAGCGCAGCAGUCCGUGAGGCGUUGCAGCGUGCAGAGCUGUCGCAGUACUUCGCAGGGCCCUACUUGCAGGGUCACUUGUACACAGGCUCGCAGUACACUGAGGACACGUUCCCAGGUAGUCUGCGCACAUUCAGAUACGACGCGGACGACGGCCCCGUGCACGUGUGGCAGCAUGCCUUCGACAUUCGUGACCUUGGAAGUUCCAGCGAGGACCUCGUAGUCCUCUACCAUUACACGAACGAGUUAGCAUUUCGGAGCAUCGGAAACCUUAAGCAAACAGCCGGGGAGCUGUUUGCUUCCUUGGUGGACUCGCGGGCCCAUUUCGGCAAAGGCAUCUACGCAACGAGGCACGAGCCUUGCGUCUGGGCAACAAGACUCCGGGUCCUUUUGAACAGCUACAGCAAUGGCAGCCCGCUUCGCGGUGCAGACGCGGAGUCCGAGCGUGUGCAGCAAGAGUGGGGCGACGGCAACUCCUCGGGCCACCGGGCCGCCUUUUGCGUCCCUAUUUUGGCACCGAAGGCCAUGGCCUACAACAUUUUUGAGAGGCAGACGCCGGACCUUGCGCAGAAAACGGUGGCAAGCGAUGAAGGUGGGCCCGAGCGCUUAGUCCGACUGGGUGAGGAUUACAAGGGUCGCGCAGUGGAUCCGAGCCGGGAUGUCUGGGUGGUCCGAGCUACGGACGAUUCCGGGGCCGUCAGCAAUGUCUCCGCUGAGGCCGACAGCCUGCUUCAGCUUCUGAGAUUGCGUUUGGCCCACCUCCGUAAAGAAAAGGGCGACACCGAUGAGUACACUCUGUACUGCAUGCACGACUUCGCCAGGAGGCUGAAUGCACGUGCGCAAUAUGACGAAGCCGAAAGCCUUUACCGCGAAUGCUGGGCAUCUCGCAAGCAGACGUUGGGCGAGCACCAUACUGGCACGCUGGCCGCCCUCGGCAAUUUGGCAAGGUUGGUAAAGACCCAGGGACGCCUGGAGGAAGCUCUGCUGCUGCAGCGCGAGGCGGUGGAAGGAUGCCGGGCUUCCAUGGGCAGCGAGCAUCCUGACACCAUGAGCUGUAUCAACAACUUGGCCUCGCUCCUGCAGCGUAUGGGCCGUUUGGAGGAGGCGGCACCGCUGUAUCAAGAAGCCUUGGAUGUUUGCAGGGCCAAAUUGGGGAAUGACGAUCCCAAGACCAUGACUAUGGUCAACAACCUCGCGAGCCUGCUGCGGAAGCAGGGCCGUUUAGAAGAGGCGGAACCGCUGCAUCGCGGGCGAAGCUUGGCGCCACGCAUCCCAACACCUUGGCUUGCCUGA